GGCAACCCCGCCUUCCACCGCCCUCUGCUCUAGGUCAAGCCGGGCCGUGAAGGAAGGAGAACGGAAAGGGGGAUCCUCCCUCCGGGGUAGCCCGACACUGCCGGUGUGGCGACUGGAGCUGCAGCGGUCAUCACCGCCCCCCCGCUCGCCUGGCCAAUCAGCGGCGCGGGUACAAAUAUGCAAAUGAUGCGCCGGUGCUGCUGGAGUGCCGCUCGCAGGGGCUGGUGGGGUCGCGCUGGGGGAGUGAACUGGGCCAAUCAGGCGGGUGCGUGGCGGCGCGGGGGAGGCGGUGCCCCUGCACUCCUCCCUCCUCUCCAGGCCCCGCGCUGACAGGGGGGCCUGGCCGCGCCGCGGGAUUCUACAUUUGAUGACAUAUUAUCUAGAGCAAUAAUGAACAAUGGCCUGUUUUGGAUUAGUUGAUGACCUUCGGUAAUGAUCUAAUAAUAUCUACCACAGAGAAGCUAAAUAUACUCUAUUCAGAGUGAACAACCCAGAUUGUUACUGACUUUUAAAGAUGACAGAUCCAAUGAUGGACUUUUUUGAUGAUGCCAACCUUUUUGGUGAGACCUUAGAAGGUUUAUCAGAUGAUGCAUUUGUACAACCAGGACCUGUUUCACUAGUUGAUGAAUUGAACUUGGGUGCAGAGUUUGAACCUUUGCAUAUAGACUCACUGAACCAUGUUCAUGGUACACCAACACAUCAGAAGAUGACUGAUUUUGAACAGUUAAAUCAAUUUGAUACAAUGAAAUUUCACCAAGUUAAUCAGUCUUUUGGUAGCCCAGCUGAACAUGUGUUAUCACCACACUCUCAGUUUAAUUGUUCUCCUAUCCAUCCCCMAAACCAGCCCAAUGGUUUGUUUCCAGAUGUGGCAGAUGGCAGUCCGAUGUGGGGUCAUCAGACAGCUACUAACAUUUCUAAUCAAAAUGGAUCUCCUUUUCACCAACAAGGACAUUCGCAUUCUAUGCAUCAAAAUAAAAGCUUUGUGGCACACCAUGACUUUGCCUUAUUUCAGGCCAAUGAACAACAAACACAGUGUACUUCACUGCGCUCACAACAAAACAGAAAUACUCUUACCCCAGGGCAAAAUUCUCUUAGCCAGUCUAAAAAUUUUAUGGAUGUUAAUGUUCCUGGUCCUCAUAGAGUCAGUGUUAACCACCCAUCACAAAUUACUAAUGCAUCUACUUCACAACAGUCUCUUUCGAUGCAGUUUUCUCAAACAUCAAAUCCUUCAGUACACUUCCUCAAGUGUAACAAUCAUCAAGAAGGAAAUUUUAAUGGACCUUCUCCAAAUAUGACUUCUUGUUCUGUCAGUAAUUCUCAGCAGUUUUCUUCACAUUAUUCCUUUUCUAGUAAUCAUAUUUCACCCAACAGUCUCCUUCAGUCCUCUGCAGUUCUUGCACCCAAUCAUGCAAAUCAGACUUUAUCUGAUUUUACUGGAAGUAAUUCCUUUUCACCUCAUAGGGGAAUCAAGCAGGAAUCUACUCAGCAUAUCCUAAACCCCAAUGCAUCAUUGAAUUCAAAUAAUUUCCAAAUGUUGCAUUCAUCACAUCCUCAGGGUAAUUAUAGCAAUUCAAAAUUAUCUCCUGUGCAUAUGAACUUUCCAGAUCCUGUUGACUCAGGAACUCAAAUGGGCCAUUUCAGUGAUCAUGUAGAAACCAAUGGCUUUUCAUCUUUAGAAGACAAUUUACUUCAUCAAGUGGAGUCUCAAUCUGAGCCAUUCACAGGACUUGACCCAGAGGACCUCCUUCAGGAGGGUCUGCUUCCGCAAUUUGAUGAGUCAACAUUUGGACAAGAUAAUUCAAAUCAUGUUUUAGAUCAUGACCUUGAUCGACACUUUACUUCACAUAUUGUAGCUCGGCCUUCUGAUAUGGCUCAAACUCAGUUGCAAUGUCAGGCUCGGAGUUGGCAUUCAUCAUUUUCUAAUCAUCAGCAUUUACACGACAGAAAUCGCCUGUGUUUACAACGACAGCCUCCAUCUUCCAAGAAGAAUGAUGGUUCUGGGACAUAUACUAAGUUGCAGAAUACCCAGGUGAGGGUCAUGUCUGAGAAGAAGCAGAGAAAAAAGGUGGAAUCAGAAAGCAAGCAAGAAAAGGCUAAUCGUAUAAUAUCAGAGGCCAUAGCAAAAGCAAAGGAGCGCGGGGAACGCAAUAUUCCACGAGUAAUGAGCCCUGAAAACUUUCCUAGUGCUUCAGUUGAAGGCAAAGAGGAAAAGAAAGGUAGAAGGACAAAAUCCAAGCCAAAGGACAAAGACAACAAAAAAACAAAAACUUGUUCUAAGUUAAAAGAGAAGACAAAAAUUGGAAAACUCAUUAUUACAUUGGGUAAGAAACAGAAAAGAAAAAAUGAAUCUUCAGAUGAAAUAUCUGAUGCAGAGCAUAUGCCACCACAUACAUUCAAAGAUCAAGACUCUCAAAAAAGAAGAUCAAAUAGACAAAUUAAAAGAAAAAAAUAUGCAGAAGAUGCAGAAGGGAAACAAUCUGAAGAAGAGCUUAAAGGCUCUUUGAAAAUAAAAAAGAAUUCAGCUCCUUUACCUGGUGAACAGCCUUUACAAUUAUUUGUGGAGAACCCAAGUGAAGAAGAUGCUGCAAUUGUAGACAAAAUACUGUCUUCUAGAAUAGUAAAGAAGGAAAUAUCACCUGGAGUGAUCAUUGAUACAGAAGAAUUUUUUGUAAAAUACAAGAAUUACUCCUAUCUUCACUGUGAAUGGGCCACAGAAGAGCAGCUUUUGAAAGAUAAAAGGAUUCAGCAGAAAAUUAAACGAUUCAAACUGAGACAAGCACAAAGAGCACAUUUUUUUGCAGAUAUGGAAGAAGAACCAUUUAACCCAGACUAUGUUGAAGUAGACAGAGUAUUAGAAGUCUCUUUUUGUGAAGAUAAGGAUACYGGUGAGCCUGUUAUUUACUACCUAGUAAAGUGGUGCUCAUUGCCAUAUGAAGAUAGUACAUGGGAACUAAAGGAAGAUGUAGAUCUGGCAAAAAUAGAAGAGUUUGAACAACUACAAGCUUUGAGGCCUGACACAAGACAUUUGGACCGUCCGCCCUCUAAUAUUUGGAAGAAAAUAGAUCAAUCCAGGGACUAUAAAAAUGGCAAUCAACUCAGGGAAUAUCAACUGGAAGGACUCAACUGGCUCUUGUUCAAUUGGUACAACAGACGAAACUGCAUUUUAGCAGAUGAAAUGGGUCUUGGCAAAACCAUUCAAUCAAUUACAUUCCUCUACGAAAUCCUUCUGACUGGUAUAAGAGGACCCUUCCUGAUUAUUGCACCACUUUCUACCAUUGCAAACUGGGAGAGAGAAUUUCGUACAUGGACUGAUAUUAAUGUUGUGGUUUAUCAUGGAAGCCUGAUUAGCAGACAGAUGAUACAGCAAUAUGAGAUGUACUUCAGGGACUCACAGGGGCGCAUCAUUCGAGGAGCAUACAGAUUCCAAGCUAUCAUCACCACUUUUGAAAUGAUUCUUGGAGGCUGUGGAGAGCUUAAUGCAAUUGAAUGGCGAUGUGUAAUUAUUGAUGAAGCACACAGGUUAAAAAAUAAAAACUGUAAACUCCUAGAAGGUCUGAAGCUCAUGAAUCUGGAACACAAGGUGCUUUUGACUGGCACUCCUCUCCAAAAUACAGUUGAAGAACUUUUCAGUCUUCUUCACUUUCUUGAACCCUUAAGGUUUCCUUCUGAAUCAACAUUUAUGCAAGAAUUUGGAGAUCUGAAAACAGAGGAACAGGUGCAAAAACUUCAAGCUAUCCUGAAACCAAUGAUGUUGAGACGAUUAAAAGAAGAUGUUGAAAAGAAAUUGGCACCUAAGGAAGAAACUAUCAUUGAAGUAGAACUUACCAACAUUCAAAAAAAAUACUACCGGGCUAUUUUGGAGAAGAAUUUUUCAUUUUUGUCUAAAGGAGCAGGACAGACUAAUGUACCUAACUUGGUCAACACCAUGAUGGAACUUAGAAAAUGCUGUAAUCAUCCAUAUCUUAUCAAAGGUGCUGAGGAGAAAAUACUUGGAGAAUUUAGAGAUACAUAUAAUCCAGCUGCUACUGAUUUUCAUCUUCAAGCAAUGAUUCAGUCAGCUGGUAAAUUGGUCCUUAUUGAUAAAUUGCUUCCCAAAAUGAAAGCAGGAGGUCAUAAAGUGCUCAUAUUCUCUCAGAUGGUACGCUGCCUUGAUAUUCUGGAGGACUAUCUUAUACAUAAAAGAUAUUUAUAUGAGCGAAUCGAUGGAAGAGUCAGAGGGAAUCUUCGACAAGCUGCUAUAGAUCGAUUUAGUAAACCUGAUUCAGAUCGAUUUGUUUUUCUUCUGUGUACCCGAGCUGGUGGGUUGGGCAUUAAUUUAACUGCAGCUGAUACAUGUAUAAUUUUUGAUUCUGAUUGGAACCCUCAAAAUGACCUUCAGGCCCAAGCUCGUUGCCACAGAAUUGGUCAGAACAAAGCAGUUAAAGUCUACAGAUUAGUUACUCGUAAUUCAUAUGAGAGAGAAAUGUUUGACCGAGCCAGUCUGAAAUUGGGCCUAGAUAAAGCUGUGUUACAGAGCAUGAGUGGAAGAGAAAGUAAUGUUGGUGGUAUUCAACAGCUUUCUAAAAAGGAAAUAGAAGACCUGCUUCGAAGAGGUGCUUAUGGUGCCAUUAUGGAAGAAGAAGAUGAAGGCUCUAAAUUCUGUGAAGAGGAUAUAGAUCAGAUUUUACUGCGUCGUACAAAAACAAUUACAAUUGAAUCAGAAGGACGUGGGUCAACAUUUGCCAAGGCAAGUUUUGUGGCAUCUGGAAACCGGACAGAUAUUUCCUUAGAUGAUCCCAAUUUCUGGCAAAAAUGGGCUAAAAAAGCAGAAAUAGAUAUUGAUGCCAUCAGUGGCAGAAACAGCUUGGUUAUUGACACUCCAAGAAUUAGGAAACAAACAAGACCCUUUAGUGCCACAAAAGAUGAAUUGGCUGAAUUAUCUGAAGCUGAAAGUGAAGGAGAUGAAAAACCCAAACUACGGAGACCCUGUGAUCGUUCCAAUGGCUAUGGAAGAACUGAAUGCUUCAGAGUAGAGAAAAACUUGCUAGUUUAUGGGUGGGGCCGAUGGAGAGAGAUUCUGUCUCAUGGACGUUUUAAAAGGCAGUUAAAUGAGCAUGAUGUAGAAAUAAUUUGUCGAGCUCUCUUGGCAUAUUGCCUUGUUCACUACCGAGGAGAUGAGAAAAUUAAAGGUUUCAUAUGGGAUCUUAUUACUCCAACUGAAGAUGGGCAGACACGAGAGUUACAAAAUCAUCUAGGYCUAUCAGCUCCUGUACCCAGGGGUCGAAAAGGGAAAAAAGUGAAGACUCAGACAAGUUCAUUCGAUAUACAAAAAGCAGAAUGGCUUCGAAAAUAUAAUCCUGAGCAACUACUUCAAGAUGAAGGCUACAAAAAACAUAUAAAACACCACUGUAAUAAGGUUUUGCUUCGUGUAAGAAUGCUAUAUUAUCUAAAGCAAGAAGUCAUUGGUAAUGAGUGUCAGAAAGUAUUUGAUGGAGUAGAUGCAAGUGAUAUUGAUGUUUGGGUACCAGAACCAGACCAUUCAGAAGUUCCUGCUGAGUGGUGGGACUUUGACGCUGAUAAGUCUCUCCUUAUAGGGGUUUUUAAACAUGGAUAUGAAAAAUAUAACACUAUCCGAGCAGACCCAGCAUUAUGCUUCUUGGAAAGAGUGGGAAAACCUGAUGAUAAAGCAGUUGCUGCUGAACAGAGAGCCAAUGAUUUUAUGGAUGGGGAUGUGGAAGAUCCAGAAUACAAGCCUGCCCCAGCCAUCUUUAAAGAUGAUAUAGAGGAUGAUGUUUCCUCACCCGGAGAUCUUGUUAUAGCAGAUGGAGAUGGUCAACUGAUGGAGGGUGAUAAAAUUUAUUGGCCUACUCAGUCAGCUUUAACCACACGGUUGAGACGACUCAUCACUGCAUAUCAGCGUACUAAUAAAAACAGACAAAUCCAGCAGAUACAACCAACCUUCUCAGUGCCUGCCAGUGUAAUGCAUCCUAUUUAUGAUGAAGCCACUCUUAAUCCUAAAAUGGCAGCCAAGAUAGAAAGACAACAGAGAUGGACCAGAAGAGAAGAAGCUGACUUUUAUCGAGUUGUAUCUACAUUUGGAGUUGUUUUUGACCCUGAUCGAGGCCAAUUUGAUUGGACAAAAUUUAGAGCUAUGGCUAGGUUACAUAAGAAAACUGAUGAAAGUUUGGAGAAAUAUUUGUAUGCAUUCAUGUCCAUGUGUCGGAGGGUUUGUCGUCUACCUUCCAAAGAAGAAUUGGUAGAUCCAAAUAUUUUCAUCCAACCAAUCACAGAAGAACGGGCUUCUAGGACUUUGUAUCGCAUUGAACUUCUAAGGAAAGUACGCGAGCAGGCCCUUCGACAUCCACAGUUGUUUGAACGCUUGAAGCUUUGCCAUCCAAAUCCAGACUUGCCAGUCUGGUGGGAAUGUGGCCCUCAUGAUAGAGAUUUGCUUAUUGGCGCUGCUAAACAUGGGGUCAGCCGAACAGAUUAUCAUAUUCUUCGUGAUCCUGAGCUCUCAUUUAUGGCAGCUCAAAGGAACUACAGUCAAAGUAAGAUGACUCAUUCAAGGACGUCUACCCCACUUUUACAGCAAUACCAAGUAGCACUUUCUGCUUCUCCUCUUACCUCUUUACCUAGGCUUCUAGAUGCUAAAGGUAUUAUUCUAGAGGAUAUGAAAGUUAAAAGUGAAACCCUUAAAGAAGAGCCUCAGUCUUCUGAAGAAGAAUCUAUGUCUUCUGUGGAAACCAGGACACUAAUAAAGUCUGAGCCUGUAAGUCCAAAGAAUGGUGUUUUAUCACAGGCUACUGGAGACCAGAAAUCUGGUGGAAAAGUUGAAACAGACAGACGCAUGGUUGCAGCCAGAACAGAACCCCUAACUCCAAACCCAGCUUCUAAGAAACAGAGAGUCCACAAAAGAGGAUCAGAAUCUAGUUCUGAUUCUGACUCUGAUUCUGAGAGAUCAUCCUGUUCUUCCAGAUCAUCAUCUUCUUCGUCUUCCUCCUCUUCUUGUUCCCAUUCUCGAUCAGGCUCUAGUUCUUCUUCAUCCUCAUCAUGUUCGUCAGCAUCAUCUUCAUCUUCCUCCUCUUCUUCCUCCUCCUCAUCCUCUUCAUCUUCAUCAGAAGAAAGUGACAGUGAAGAAGAGGAAGUCCAAAAGCGAGAAAGUACCCCUCACAUGAAAGCCUAUGAUGAAGAAAGUGUUGCAUCACUGAGCACUACCCAGGAUGAGACCCAGGAUAGUUUCCAAAUAAACAAUGGGACACCAGAAUCUGCUUACUUCUUACAGGGUGGAUACAUGCUGGCAGCUUCAUAUUGGCCAAAGGAUCGUGUGAUGAUCAACCGGCUGGACAGUAUUUGUCAAACAGUUCUGAAAGGGAAGUGGCCUUCUGCUAGAAGAAGUUAUGAUGCUAACACAGUGGCUUCUUUCUAUACCACAAAACUACUGGACAGCCCCGGAGCAGCUGCAGAAUAUAGCGAGCCCAGUGUUCCCACUCCCCCAGGUGCUGGUGUCAAAGAAGAACAUGAUCAGUCAACACAGAUGUCAAAGGAAGGUGGUUUAAAGUUGACAUUUCAGAAGCAAGGGCUUGCCCAAAAAAGACCAUUUGAUAGUGAAGAUGGUGCUCUGGGGCAGCAGCAGUACCUGACUCGACUUCGGGAACUUCAAAGUGCGUCAGAGACAAGCCUCGUCAAUUUUCCAAAAUCUAUGCCUGUAUCAGGUACUUCCAUUCAAUCAACAAUUGGUGCCAAUGGAGUGAUAUUAGACAACCAACCUGUAGUCAAAAAAAGACGAGGAAGGAGGAAGAAUGUAGAAGGUGUUGACAUCCUCUUUUUUAACAGAAAUAAACCACCUAAUCAUGUUACUUUAGGUUUAACCACCUCACAGAUUUCCACAGGGAUAAAUCCAACACUAUCCUAUACUCAACCUCAAGGAAUUCCUGAUACAGAAAGUCCAGUUCCAGUUAUUAAUCUUAAAGAUGGGACAAGACUUGCAGGAGAUGAUGCACCGAAGAGAAAGGAUUUAGAAAAAUGGCUUAAGGAGCACCCAGGUUAUGUGGAAGACUUAGGAGCUUUUAUUCCUAGAGUGCAGCUUCAUGAGGGAAGACCCAAACAAAAAAGGCAUCGUUGCAGAAACCCCAAUAAACUUGAUGUUAAUACUCUCACUGGAGAAGAACGCGUCCAGCUGAUUAACAGAAGAAAUGCCAGAAAGGUUGGAGGUGCAUUUGCUCCCCCUUUGAAAGACUUAUGUAGAUUCCUAAAAGAAAAUUCAGAAUAUGGAGUAGCUCCUGAAUGGGGAGAUGUUGUUAAGCAAUCUGGGUUUCUUCCAGAAAGUAUGUAUGAACGUAUUCUUACUGGUCCAGUGGUGAGAGAGGAAGUAAGCAGGCGAGGGAGACGCCCUAAAAGUGGAAUUGCAAAGGCCACAGCAGCAACAGCUGCAACUGCCACCAAUGUUUCAGGCAAUCCUUUGUUAACGAAUGGAUUACUUCCAGGUGUGGAUCUCACAACUCUUCAGGCCUUACAACAAAAUCUACAGAACUUGCAAUCACUGCAAGUAACUGCAGGGCUAAUGGGAAUGCCUGCUGGCCUUUCUUCUGGAGGAGAAGCUAAAAACAUGGCUGCUAUGUUCCCCAUGCUGCUAUCAGGAAUGGCGGGAUUACCAAAUCUGUUGGGCAUGGGAGGACUCCUUACAAAGCCUGCAGAUUCUGGGGCAGAAGAGAAAAAGGGAAAUGACUCUAAGGAGCAAGAAGGAAAAAAAGAAAGGACAGAGAGCCAAAGUUCAGAGAAUGGUGGGGAAAACUCUGUGUCAAGUUCUCCUUCAACUUCCUCAACUGCUGCAUUAAAUACAGCUGCAGCUGCCAACCCGUUAGCUCUUAACCCACUAUUACUAUCUAAUAUACUUUAUCCAGGGAUGCUUCUCACUCCAGGCCUUAAUCUUCAUAUUCCAACUUUGUCCCAGUCCAAUACUUUUGAUGUACAGAAAAGCAAAAACAGUGACUUAGGCUCAUCUAAGUCUGUAGAAGUAAAGGAAGAAGAUUCCAGAGGUAAAGAUCAGGAAGACAAACGGGGAACUGAACCAAGUCCUCUCAAUGAAAACAGCACAGAUGAUGGUUCAGAGAAAGCUGAUGCUUCAUCUGGAUCUGAUAGUACAUCAUCAUCAUCCGAGGAUUCAGAUUCUAGUAAUGAAGACUGAUUCCCAGACUCUGCACUUAAAUUAUGAACUAAUUUUGAGUUUUUUCUUUAAUUGUAAAUAUCCCAGUGUUGAGUGCAUCAAUAACUUACUGACCGAACAUUUCAGUUAUUUGUUUAGAAGUGCAAACUGCUUUCAGAGACGUUUUGCAUGUAAUAUUUCUUAAGAUUCAUAAGUUUCUGAACUCGUAUGUACUAUCAAAUACAUAAACGUAUAAAACUACAACAAAAGGCAUUAUAAUUUUGUUGGGGGUUAAUUUUAUGAAAAUUAUGCUCAAUAAGAGUUGUAUAUUUAAUAUAUUUGCAGUGAACACAGAAUACUUUAUGCAUAUUACUGAUUUAAUUUGAAUAUAGUUUUACAGCCUCCUUGACACCUAUAAUUUACAGAUCAAAACUCAGCAAUAAUUUGGGCAGCUAAUGAAUGUCAUGAAAGCUGUAGAAUCUACAUCACCAUCCAUUGCUUUAAUUACAUGAAAAUGCUCUAGUGUUGUGAUGCACUGCUGAUGUUUCCAAUUCAGGUACAAGUAUGUUUAAAGAAGAAAUAAGUUUCCCAAUUAGCCAAUUUAACUGGCUACCUGUUACCUCAGCUGAGUUAGUUUAGGAAGUUUACAUUCGUUUCUAAUUCUGUACUUGUUUUCAGGGGUUUUUUAAACACAUCCUAUAUAUCAUGUUAAUCUGACAAGGAAUAUGACUUGCUUUUUGCUGAGCUUAACUUGGAAAUCAGUAAAAUAAGUCAUAAAAUAAUCCUGUGUCAUGUGAUUUUGGCACCCUAUAGACAUAGAUUUAACUUUUCAAAGUUUGGCCUCCUAUUAGAAAUAAUUAUGUCUCAGAUGAGUAAUGUCUGUUUCCAGGGUUCAGAAAAAGCAGACUCAUGAAAUGCCACUGAAAAGAACUUUCAACACAGCAUACUUCAUGUAAAAGAAAAUGUUUGUUUGCUUUAUUUGUGUAGAUUUCUUUUUGUGUUUUAUGUCAUGGAAAUAUUCCGAAAUAGCAGAUAAUAGUGGUAAAGUAAUAAUGCAGAUAGCCUAAGUUCAUUUUAAGUUUGUAGGUGUAAGCAGACUAAAUAUUGCCCAGAAUCAGUGUUGGGUUAUCAGUUUAUAUUAAAUAUACUGAGCUGCCCAUUUUGCAAGCGCACUUUGAAUAAUCUCAAAAAGAUGUACAAGUUAUACCUAUGAACCACAAAAAUGAAGCCCAAGGCUUUUGUUCAAUUUCUUAGAAUCCUUUACCAUGUAAAAUUUGUCUGAUAUUUAAUUUGUGAUUCAAUUUUUCCUACUAAAGCUGCUAUUAUUCUGACAAGGUAGAGGUCCAGGUUCACCUUCAUAUACAUUGUAAACAAUUAGAACUGAAUUGAACAUAAAAAUAUUUACAUCCUAAGGAGAGAGAAAUGUUUGCAUUUUUUUGGUACCCAAAUAAGUCAGUAAUAAAGUUUGUAAGGGUAUAAAUAAAGGGAAGGGGAGUACCCCAGUUCUCUCCUACAGAAAAAAAAAAAAACUUACUAUUUUGAUAGAACUGUUGUUUUGUCAUGAAGUAAGCAAUUGUAUUAGGUUUUCCAAGACCUUUACCAGUAAAUUAUGUUUCUGUAUGUAAAAUAACUAACCCCUUAUUAGAGAGACAGUGUUAUAUGUAUUUACAAAAUUAUAUAAGUUCCAUUGGGAUUAUAUUGAUUUUUGUAUUUUCCCAAAAUAGUUCUUUGAAUUGAUAGUCCUUUAUGCAAUGUCUUAGCAAUAGUCACUCUUAUGCCCAUCCAGGAGAAGUGGGUAGUAAUUCUUCAUCAUGGAAAUGCUAUAUUACAUAUUUAGUAUCUUCCCUUUGCAGUAUUGCACUUUUGUUUAACUAGAAUACACCUUUGAGAUAGCCAAAGUUUUUCAAACACAAUUAACUUAGUUUGCCAGUGGAGUAUUUCAACACCAUCCAUAUUUCCCUUCCCUCCUCUAGUUCUACCCACAUGAUCUUUAUUCCUUUCUUUCCCCAGAUUAAAAAAAGGAACAAAUCCCUAGAUCUUGUCAACUAAAACCUAAUUUAUAUCAAAUCUAUGAGAUAAAGUAUUUUCCUAAUUAUGGUCAAAUGAAUUUGAUUAACAUCUUAGUGAUUCUCUUUGUAUGUAAUAAGGCAAUUACAGUUUUCACAGCAUUAAAGCUAAUGUUAACUUUAACAUUCUCUUGGGUUUCAGGACAUUUCUAUGUAAUAUUGAUUGGGGGGGGGGAGUUCUCCAGCUAUCAGCUAAGGAAAAAAAACACAUGCAAAUAUGAUUGUGUUAAGUUAAGGGUUAUAAGGAAAAAAUCAGUAGAAUUACAUAAUACUAAAGUUGCAGUUGAAAGGAUAUCCAAGUAUGUGUUGGUAGUUACUAAAGAAGUAUAGCUGGUAUUGCCUUGUAUUUAUAGCCCUUGUUUCAGGUUUCAUGAUUCAAGUCUUAGUCCAAGUUUUCUUUUGGACAUUUGCAAUAUUUACCAGUUGUGUUUUGUGUAGUCUGAAUUUGCUUUCUGUAGUUGAGCAAACGUCUUAAAAAGUCAUUUGUAAUUUAUUAAAUUACUUUCUAUGAUGUUCUAUAGAGCAAAUGGAAGUUUAAUUAUUUUUUAUUAAACAUAUUCUUUGACUACCCAUGA